AUGCGACUGUUCUUCAAGCUCUUCGCCGUCUUGGCCAUCAUGGCUGCUCUGUCGGCCACAAAUGUGCCGUCGCUAGUUGGUGUAUGGGGGAGGACGCCGGGGAGAGCCCCACCUUCGCCGAGGUCGUCCCCGCGUAGGAGUUCCGCGAAACCGACUCGUCCCAGGCCACCGCCUCCGCCACCGGCGCAGAAGGGCAGAGUGAGGCCACUGCGUUCACCGCCCCCGCCUCCACCACCACCACCACCACCGCCAUCACCAUAUCGCCAACGAGGCGUCCGCUCUCCUGCACUACCACUACCGUGCCACUAG